GUGGUAGAAGGAUGGCCGCGUGUGUUCCGGUGCGAAACUGCGAGCUGUUCGACGAGCAGAGUGCCAGACCGGCUGACCCGAGCGAGCCUCGCAAGAGGCGCGGGAUACAAAGUGGAGCACGCACCUCCAGAACGCAGAAAAUUCCGAGCAGCCGACGGCGGCCAGGCCCAUAAAACUGCAUGCCGUGACGAGCCAACAAACGCUGCUCGCUCCAUAAACAACAGCAACCAACAGAGAGGAGCGCACCGGAAGAGAGGAGCGCGCGCUCGAAGCAAGAUCAAAAGCCGAGGGCCGGAGGCGCGCGUGAAGGGCGUGGGCGGCGUCGAGGCUGGCCGCCGCGAGGAUACCGGCGCCGGUGCGCGCUGUCAUGGCAUGGUGGCGGAAGAAGGUGGUCUUCCCGGCGCGCCGCGCGUGGGCCGCCGUCUCGACCCGCGUCCGCGCGCGCAACACAGGCAAUGGAGGCAGCAUACUGAAGCUUCACGAGGAUGUGCAAACCUGUGGAUACAAGGACGUGCAGGUGAUGUUCGAGAUCCUGACUACGGAGCUGGAGGUGUCAUCGCACUCCCCAAAGAAGCAGCGCAAGCGGCCGCCGUCGGCGUGGUCCAGCCGGUCGUCGUCGAUGAUCGCGGCCGCGCAAUAGAGACGACAACGACGCGGACGUACAUGGAACGGAAAGCUGCGCGUCAUGGCUGAUGGCGCCGGGUAAUAAGCAGUUGAGAACUGAGAACACCAGUUUAGUAUUUGAUGGUAGCUAGUAUUAUUUGGCAUCCCCCUGCCCGUCUGUCCCGUGAAAGAGCUGAAAAUCCAGCAACGUUAAGGUGUAAAAGUGUCAUAAGCCUCUGAAUGUUUGUACAUACUACAUAGCACUUGUGCUGAAUUUUCGCAAAACUUGGAGAGAAGGAUGGAGCAAGUGGGGUUUACUUUUCAA